AUGAUGAUGGUGAUGAUGGUGAUGAUGAUUGCUGUUACUGUGUACCGUGGGCACGUGCUGCUCCCGAGCGGAGCCGGCGCGCCCGGGCCCUGCGGGGCGGCUCGUAGCGCGUCCCGGGCGAGGCGUUGGCUCCGCGGGGGACACGCUCUCGCUGCAGGUCUGGAGACCUUCGUCUCCGUUGCUAAGGCGCUGCCGUCGCCUGAAAUAUAUGAUGUCGUGGAGGGAUACGUGAAAAUUUCCAUGGAGUGCGCUGAAAUAUUCAAACUUCUGGACGGAGAAAGGAAGCCUGAAAGUGAAAUGCUAUUAAUCUUUCAAGCUCUAGAGGCCAUUUUACUGAGGACAGCCAGUGACCUCUCCCAUUUUUCUGUUGUGGGAAUGAACAUAGUUAAAAAGUUGAUUCAUUCCUACAUGAGAUUGGUCUAUGCUGCUUUGUAUUCUGAAAAUCACAGGAUGAGCCGCAUGUGCCUUACCCUGUUGUCAGCAAUGGUGGCUCAGGGGCCAGAUUCAGCAAGGGAUGUGUAUAGCCAUUUUGAUUUCAAUAACAAGUUUCUGCCUGGAUUAUUGAAAAAAAGAUGUAAGAAGGGGAGAACUGAUGUCCGUAUGGCCUAUAUUCAGUUUGCUCUCUCCUUUUUAAUUGCUGGUGACAAUGCAAUCUUGACACAGGUGCUGGAAUUAAAAGAUUUCAUUCCAGAUAUUCUUCGCUCUGAAAUAAAGGAAGACAAGGUUUCUACUGUCAAUCUUCUACUUUCCACACUGAGAACUAAGGUGGUUCAAAACAAAAAUAUCACCAAAACGCAGAAGGUGACUCAAGGUUCUGAAGAGGUAGGGAAGAUGAUGGUACGGGAACUGGUUCAUAAUUUCUUAAUGGACCUCUGCUGCUCUCUGAAGCAUGGCAUAACUUUCUAUGAUCCAAGUCUUGGAACUUCUGGCAAGGGAGGAAAUGUGGUGCUUCUGCGCUUUCUGCUUGGUUUAAAAACUGCAACAGAAGAUGAAAUGGUUGCUGAUCUUUUGGUGAAUGUUCUUAAAGUAUGCCCAGAUUUAUUGAAUAGAUACUUUAAGGAGACUCAGUAUUCCUUUGUUCCUAGACUGAAGUCUGCUUGGAUGGACAAUAUGAAGUUACUCAAAAAGAUCUAUGAGGCUCAACCGGAGAUCUCCAAUUCUUUUAAGACUUCAGAGUUUAUUCCUCUUCCCAGGUUGCUUUCUAUGGUGAUGUUACCCAGCACAGUAGUGAAGCACAGCAUACUGUCACUUGUAUCAAUGGUUCUGAGAAGAGCCUUGAAGAAUAUUGAUUACUGUUUGAAUGAAGAAACUUGGCAAAAGUCAGAAGUCUUCACACUGUCAAUGAUGCAGGAAUUUGUACAGCUGUACAGAGAAGCCAUCAGCAAGCUUUUACCAGACAUGAACAAUAUAGUGGCUGUCUGGCAGUCCCUUCUGAAGCAAGAGAGAGAACACCGCAGUGGCCAAGACGAGAAGAGGGAAAGUGAUACCUCCACUGUGAAGGCAACGACUGAGGCAGCAGAAGUUGCUGAACAGCAUGGUUCAGAUGAUGCUGAGACACUGUUUCUGAAAGCUGCACUGCUUCAGGUCAUAUGCCUUUAUCAGAAGGUUGUGCCCCACUUGGUAGCACGGAGCAACUUCGAUUUUAGCAAGCUGCUAAAAGGUAUCGUCACUGAAAAGGGUCUCCGAGAGGAGGUCCCUCCUGUUCUGCAGCACCAUAUACUGAAAGUGGCUUUGGAACUUCCUGCAAAUAAAUUUGCCUGGUUCAGAGUACAG